AUGCCGAGGCUUGGUGUCCGGUUUUAUAAACCCUCCGACCUCACUUUGACCUCACAUCACAUCAUGUCUCUCCUGGAAUACACACAAACUGCCCUCAGCGCCCUGCCAGAGCCUGCCCAGGCUCUGCUGCGCAACCCCACAGCGCAGAAGACCCUCGCGGGUGUCGGCGCAUUUCUGCUCGCUCGCGCAGCGAACCAAUUCCUGUCGCGAUGCGCACACCAGAACUGGACAGUCAAUUCCGCCUGGAAGGCGGACGCAGAGCUCGUUCUGUUGACGGGCGGAACUUCAGGAAUCGGCAAGCAAGUGAUGGAGGAUCUCUCGAAGCAAGGAGUCCGUGUCAUUAUCCUCGAUAUUAAUGAGCCGAACUUCACACUCCCGUCGAAUGUGUCCUUCUACAAAGCGAAUAUUACCAACUCGGCAGACAUCGCAGCCGUGGCGAAAACCAUUCGCGAGAACCACGGCGACCCCACCGUGCUGAUCAACAAUGCCGGUGUAGGCCACGAUGGAAGCAUUCUCGAGGAACCAGAAUCAAAGAUCCGACAAACAUUCGAAGUGAACACCAUCUCCCACUUCCUGAUGGUGAAGGAAUUCCUUCCCGCCAUGGUCAAGGCCAAUCACGGCCACGUAGUGACAGUUGCCAGUAUGGCUAGUUUCGUCGCGCUGGGCGAAAUGGUCGAUUAUUGCUGCUCCAAGGUCUCCGCCCUGGCCUUCCACGAGGGUCUGCGCCAGGAACUCCGACACUGGUACAAUGCGCCCAACGUGCGCACCAGUGUUAUUCACCCAUUGUGGGUUCGCACGCCGAUGAUCACGAUGUUAACGGACCAAGGCUCCAACUUCAAACAGCCCAUCAUGACACCGCAGGUUGUCGCAGACGCCAUUUGCAAGCAGAUUCUCACACAGCGGAGUGGACAGAUCCUCUUGCCCAAGAGUCAGUCUAUCGCCAGUGUUGUGCGCGCCAUGCCUUUCUGGUUGCAAGAGGCUGUGCGAACGCAUGCUUCAGGGGAUUUGAGGAAAAUGCGACUGGCGCAGGCGCAGGCCGAAGCUGUGAAGAACUGA